UGAGAGGGAGGUCCCAAUCCAGAGGGACUUACUCCGGUCCCUCAAGCUCGAGCUCAUCGCCACCUCCCUACCUGCUCAGGGUACUAAGUGACAAGGGAUCUGGCUAGUUUAGGAUGUGACUCUCUCCUGCCACCGCCCUCCUCCCACCCAUUACCGCCCCCUCCUCACCAGCAGGCGGGCUUUAGCCAAUCAACAAGGCGGUCCGGGAGGAAGAGCCUUGCUAUUGGCUGAUCCUCCAGUGCUCCUAGAGUCCCGCCUUCUUUAGCUCAGCCGGCUUCUAGCUGGGAAGGCGCCGACCUCGCGGGACGCGGGAGACAGUUCCAGGGUUGCCAAAGGGGUCGCCAUGGCCUGCAGCCCAGGCAGUGGAGUUUCCUUGGAGGGGAUUUCCCUGGGCUCCUCUGAAGAAGCAGAGCUCCGUAGGGAAGCCAUGCAGCAAGUCUUGGACAACCUGGGAUCCCUCCCCAAUGCCACUGGGGCUGCGGAGCUGGACCUGAUCUUUCUUCGAGGCAUUAUGGAAAGCCCCAUAGUCAGAUCCCUGGCCAAGGCCCACGAGCGGUUGGAGGAGACGAAGUUGGAAGCUGUUCGGGAUAACAACCUGGAGCUGGUGCAGGAAAUCCUCCGGGACCUGGCACAGCUGGCGGACCAGAGCAGCACCGCGGCAGAGCUGGCGCGCAUCCUCCAGGAACCCCACUUCCAGUCCCUUCUGGAGACACAUGACUCAGUGGCCUCAAAGACCUAUGAGACGCCACCCCCCAGCCCAGGUCUGGAUCCCACGUUCAGCAACCAGCCGGUACCUCCUGAUGCAGUGCGAAUGGUGGGCAUCCGCAAGACUGCAGGAGAGCAUCUGGGUGUGACAUUCCGAGUGGAGAGCGGUGAGUUGGUGAUUGCCCGCAUUCUGCAUGGGGGCAUGGUGGCUCAGCAAGGCCUGCUGCACGUGGGUGACAUCAUCAAGGAAGUGAAUGGGCAGCCGGUGGGCAGCGAUCCCCGGGCACUGCAGGAGCUCCUACGCAGCGCCAGUGGCAGCGUCAUCCUCAAGAUUCUGCCCAGCUACCAAGAACCCCAUCUGCCCCGACAGGUAUUUGUCAAAUGCCACUUUGAUUAUGACCCUGCCCGGGACAGCCUCAUCCCCUGCAAGGAAGCCGGCUUGCGCUUCAACGCUGGGGACUUGCUCCAGAUUGUAAACCAAGACGAUGCCAAUUGGUGGCAGGCAUGCCAUGUCGAAGGAGGCAGUGCAGGGCUCAUCCCCAGCCAGUUGCUGGAGGAGAAACGGAAGGCAUUUGUGAAGCGGGACCUGGAACUGACCCCGACCUCAGGGACCCUAUGCGGCAGCCUUUCUGGAAAGAAAAAGAAGCGAAUGAUGUAUUUGACCACCAAGAACGCAGAGUUUGACCGCCACGAGCUGCUCAUUUAUGAAGAAGUAGCCCGCAUGCCCCCGUUCCGCCGGAAAACCCUGGUGCUGAUCGGGGCACAGGGUGUGGGCCGGCGCAGCCUGAAAAAUAAGCUCAUUUUAUGGGAUCCAGACCGCUACGGCACCACAGUGCCCUACACAUCCCGGAGGCCCAAGGACUCAGAACGGGAAGGGCAGGGCUACAGCUUCGUGUCUCGUGGGGAGAUGGAGGCUGACAUCCGUGCUGGGCGAUACCUGGAACAUGGCGAGUAUGAGGGCAACCUGUAUGGAACGCGGAUCGACUCCAUCCGGGGUGUGGUCGCCUCUGGCAAGGUGUGCGUGCUGGACGUCAACCCCCAGGCCGUGAAGGUCCUGAGGACGGCUGAGUUUGUCCCUUACGUGGUAUUCAUCGAGGCUCCUGACUUUGAGACCCUGCGGGCCAUGAACCGGGCUGCGCUCGAGAGUGGCGUGUCCACUAAGCAGCUGACGGAGGCGGAUCUGAGGCGGACAGUGGAGGAGAGCAGCCGCAUCCAGAGGGGCUAUGGCCAUUACUUUGACCUCUGCCUCGUCAACAGCAACCUGGAGAGGACCUUUCGUGAGCUCCAGGCUGCCAUGGAGAAGCUGCGAACGGAGCCCCAGUGGGUGCCUGUCAGCUGGGUGUACUGAGCCUUGUUCCGGACCUCGGUUCCCUGCCUGGUUGGGAAUCCAUCUUUCACUCCACCUGUGACGCUCCCCCUCC